AUGCCCCGUCCUGGUAAGAACUCUUACAGCGACCAGAAGCCCCCUUACUCCUACAUAUCUCUGACUGCGAUGGCUAUCCAGAACUCAGCCGACAAGAUGCUGCCUCUGAGUGACAUUUAUAAGUUCAUCAUGGACCGGUUUCCGUACUACCGAGAGAACACACAGCGGUGGCAGAAUUCCCUGCGACACAACCUCUCCUUUAACGACUGCUUCAUUAAGAUCCCACGGCGGCCUGACCAGCCGGGCAAAGGCAGCUUCUGGGCCCUGCACCCGGACUGCGGGGAUAUGUUUGAGAACGGCAGCUUCUUGAGGAGAAGGAAACGCUUUAAGCUGCUGCGCUCCGAGCACAUGGCCUGCAAGAGCUCCCCGAUGAUGCACUACUUCCAUCACCACCACCACCAUCACCAUCCGGGGGGCAAGCUGGGCACAGCAUCCGGCCCCCACCACCACCCUGCCGGCCCAGCCAGCACCGUGGGCCGGCUACCUCACUUCCAGAGUUACGGGGGCAUUACCUGCGCCCAACCCGGGGGGUUUAAGCACCCAUUCGCCAUUGAGAAUAUUAUAGGUCGGGACUACAAAGGUGUGAUGGCCAGCGGGCUGCCCCUCACCUCGGUGAUGCACCACCUGGGCUACCCCGUGCCUGCGCAGCUCAGCAGCGUGGUGAACUCCAUGUGGCCGCACGUCGGGAUGCUGUCGGAGUCCAUGGGUGGCGUGCCAGUGCCCGCAUCCUCCGAGUACGCGCCCUUCAGCGUGUCAAUGAAGGGCCUCUACCACAAUGCCAACGGGCAAACCCUGCCCGCCGUCCCUGUGCCAAUAAAACCCACCCCGUCUCUCGGUCCCAUGCCUGGCUUGACAGGGCUGCAGUCCGGCCCGGCGCAGCUGUGCUCACCGGCCUCAAUGAUGGAGAAAGGCGAUCCUCUGGAAGGGAAAGGCAACCCUUUACACCCGGCUCUCCUCCUGUCCUAA